AACCCUGGCCUCUCAUUCGCUCGGGUCGGAGUCGGGCACCCUUAUUAUCUCUCCCAUAUAAGCACUUUUGAUCUGUCUCCAGCAAUCCAGCUCUUCCAAGAUCUCCAGCUAUGAACGCUACGUCCUUCUCUACGCCCAACCCCAAUUUCAUCGAAGACAACAGUGGAAGCGAUUCUGACCCGACUCCGGAUGCAGCGCCUCAAUACUACCAGGCAAUCUCAGCCAUCGAUGUCGACGAUGACGAGGACACCUCCGAUCACGGCAACUCAGAUGAAGAAUACCAUAGCUAUUCUGGUGGUGAAGCAGAGAACGGAAUCUCGUCUCUUCAUAUAAACGGUGAGAUGGAGCAGAAAAGCAUCAGCAGCGGCAGCGAUGAAGAGGAGGCGGAAGAGAGAGUGAGAGAGGAAUCUGAUUCCGCGAUACUCAGGGCUUUUAGAGAGGAUGAGAAUCGAAGGAAUGCACCGUUGACUGCUGAGAAUGCGAUGCGAGUGAGGGAAGCAAUGCGAGGGAUAUCGUUCGGAGGAUCCACACCUGAUUGGGUUGGUCGAGUUCCUGAAGAUGAGUGGAUCAAUCAACUUCGGAGACUGAGGCAACCGCCCAGCUCUUCAACGUCUGUCCAAAAUUAGAGCUAUAUUUUUAAUAAUUAUUUGCUAGGUUUUAGUACUUCCGUUGUUGGUUGAAUGAAACCAUUUGAAUGGAACUUUGUGUUUGUGUAGGGCUGCUUCUUCUUCCUAUGAUUGUUAUUAUUAUUAUGAUGAUGCUAGUUCGACCUUCUGACAGAACUGGCUUCUUUUCUAAA